UAUCACACAGUUCACACCUGCAGUGAAGCCACAAUUCACCAAUAAAUACUGGGAAUAUUCCCAUCAUCCUACAAGAGAAGGACAAACUCCAGGAGUAGCAGCUGAAAUCUGUGUGACUGUUAAAGAUGGAGUUCAUUAAAGAGGAGAUUGAAGACAUGAGUGAUCCAGAACCAUCCAGAAUAAAACAUGAAGAUACUGAGGAACAAAUAGAUCAGAUGGAAAUAACAGAGCUAAGAGAAGAACUGAAUGAAGUAAAGCAACACUGUGACUUCAAAACUCAAGGAACAAAUGCCAAAAAGCUGCACUCCUGCUCACAGUGUGGAAAGAGUUUCAGACAUAACGGACACCUUAAGGCACACAUGAGCAUUCACACUGGAGAGAAACCGUAUCCAUGCACUCAGUGUGGAAAGAGUUUCAUAUCUUCAUACAUACUCAAAAUUCAUCUGCGUAUUCACUCUGAAGAAAAACCAUUUAACUGUGAUCAGUGUGGUAAAGGGUUUAUUUUGUCAUCACAUCUAAAAUCACACAUGCAAGUUCAUUCAGAUGAGAAGCCUUAUGUGUGUUCUCUCUGUGGAAAGAGUUUUCCACGAAUGAACAGUUUUAAACUGCACCAGAAAACACAUGAUGAAGUGAGAGCUUAUGUGUGUUGUGACUGUGGGAAGAGCUUUGCUGUAGCUGAUUAUCUGAAACAGCACCAAAGAAUUCAUACUGGAGAAAAACCUUACAAGUGCUCAUAUUGUGACAAGAGUUUCACUCGGUCUGGACACCUGAAAUCACACAAGAAAGUUCAUACUGGAGAGAAUCAUCUGAAACAGCACCAAAGAAUUCAUACUGGAGAAAGACCUUACAAGUGCUCCUCAUGUUACAAGAGUUUCACUCGGUCUGGACACCUGAAAAGGCACGAGCGAGUUCAUACUGGAGAGAAGCCGUACGACUGUACUCAGUAUCUGGUCCUGUGGGCGUCAGUAUCACACAGUGAUCACAGUUCACACCUGCAGUGA